AUGUCUUCUCUCAUCGAAAUAGUCCGUAAACGCUUUCUUGAUGCUAUCCGAUCCGUGAACCCCGCCGGACGAUGGAAGAUCGUGGUUGUGGACGAGCACUCGCAGAAGCUGCUUGGGGCUACGCUGAAGAUGUUCGAUAUCCUGCAAGAGAACGUUACGCAGGUCGACGCCAUCAACAGCAACCGCACACUGCAGCCGAAUCUGGAGGCAAUGUACCUUGUCAUGCCGACGACCCAGAACGUAGAGAGGAUUAUCAACGAUUUCUCGAGUGGGAAGCAGCAGUAUGCUGCUGCGCACCUGUUCUUCAUUGAAGGCUUGCCAGAACCUCUCUUCCAGCGCUUAACCGCCUCAGCUGCGGAACCCUUCCUCCGCCAGCUUGUUGAGCUCUCUAUAAACUUUUGGCCAUUGGAGAAACAAGUCUUGAGCUUAGAGCAUCCCGACUUUUUCUUCAGUUUCUUCAGUCCUCCACCUUCCCAAGCCUUAUUCCAGGCUGCCUACGAGCGUUUUGAAGAUGAUUUAUGGUUCACAAGCCGUUGCAUUGUGAAUGCUUGUAUUCAACUUGAAGAAUUCCCCCUUAUUAGAUACCAUCAGCCAUCUACCCACGGUGGGUUGGGCCCUCUCAAGCCUCCCGAGCCGGUCGUUCCUGAGUCGACCUCUUCUUCUCGUUGGAAGGGCGCGCGACAAGCACAGCCGCAAGCUGAAGUUGUGGACGAUCAUAUCUCCAAGCGACUAGCGUACAUGGUGCAAGAUGCUUUGGAUGAGUACCGUAGAACGAAUCCCGAAUUUCCUAAAUCUGCUAAUGCGCCUCGACCAAGAGGAGUUUUGUUCAUUACUGAUCGUACCAUGGAUUUAUACGCGCCAUUAUUACACGAGUUCACCUAUCAAGCGAUGGCGGUGGAUCUGCUCCCUAUCGAGGAUGGAACCAAAUACAGAUACAAGUUCCAAUCCUCCAUUGGAGCAUCAGAGGAUAAGAUUGCAACUCUCUCGGAUGCCGAUCAAGUUUGGACACAAGUCCGACAUAUGCACAUGCGAGAAGCGAUUGAUAAACUCAUGGAGGAUUUCAACAAAUUCCUCGAGGAGCAUGCUGGCUUCAAGGAAGGAUCCGGCGCCACGAGUUUGAACGACAUGAAGGACAUGCUUGCGAGCUUGCCUCAGUAUCAGGAACAGCGAGAAAGGUUCUCCACUCAUCUCAACAUUGCUCAAGAAUGCAUGGCUCUCUUCGAGCGAAAGAAGCUGCCUCUCACAGCGAAUGUGGAACAAUGCUGCGCGACCGGUCUAAACACAGAUGGCAAGUCUCCCAAAACCCUAGUGGAGGAGAUGGUGCCUCUGUUGGAUGAUCGAUAUGUCAGCAACCGUGAUAAAGUCCGCAUCAUUGCCCUCUACAUCUUGUAUCGAGAUGGUGUGGCGGACGAGGAUCGACGGCGACUGUUCCAGCAUGCCCGGUUGACCAUGGCUGAACAAGAUGCAGUCAAUAGCCUGGUGCACCUUGGGGCAAGGAUCUUGCGUGGAGCAAACGACGGUAAUCGCAAACGAUCUAAAGUCAAGACCAGUGACGACGAACAAUAUGAGCUAUCCAGAUAUCGCCCGGUCCUUAAAACGGUGCUUGAGGAUCAUUUCGCCAAUAAAUUGGAAAUGACAUUCUUCCCGUAUGUUCGUGACGCACCAGUAACAACCAUACAAGCCUCGCAGCUGCGCAGUCCGGCCAAUCCAACAUCCGCGGCUUCUUUGAGAAGUGCGAAACCUAACUGGGCUCGUGCACAGAGGGCCGGCGCACCAGUUGCCGAAAUUCGACAGCGGGCACUAGUCUUCAUAGCUGGUGGUAUGACCUACUCCGAGAUGCGAACUGUCUAUGAGGUUUCCGCGGCUCUGGGUAAAGACAUCUUCAUUGGCUCCACUCAUGUGUUCAGCCCGGAGCAGUUUGUGGAUGACAUGAAAGUGAUAGAAAUCGGCGGAAAGGGAUCUGCCGAAUUACCCCAGGGCCUCCAGUUGCAACCCAGUCCACCAAACCAUCAUCGGUCUUACCAAGCAAGUUACGAUCGUCGAUACUGGAUUCGGGAUGCUCCUGCUGCCACUCGACCUUCAUCGUCCAAUCUCACGCCUCGUUCCAAGGCACGGGUUUUGUCAUCUUCCAGCAUCCCUUCGCGUGAAGCUACUCCGGAGCCGACUGCCCUAACCCCCCCGCCAUCAUCAAUUAGUUCGAGAUUGCAGAAGGAAAAAAAGGAGGAUAGGAAGGAUGGAAAGAAGAAGGGAUUUUUCCACUUUUGA